GUCCCCGAGCUGCAAAAAUAAUCCGUUAUUUGUUAGAUUUUUCUUGUGUUAUAUAUUUCUUACUGAACAUCCGGUGAACUUGGGGUAUUCUGCGCUUGUCGCUGGAGACAUGCUAUCAGCUAACAAUGGGGCAUGAAGAUUAGGAGCACGGCGCUAAGAAUAAACUGAUUUGGUUUAACUAGUUAAUGUUACAAUUCACUAGUCAAUUGCUAACUUAUUUAGGGGGUUAACACACAGUCUUGGCAAUUAUCGGCAAGGUUAGCCGGUUGUUGAACGAGCUAGGCGAAGGAUUUCAACUUUGUACAAAAGGCCAACAUUUUAAUUUAGUUUUACGGUCAGUUUUACUGUGAUUUUUUUUUAAAUGUAUUUCCAAAUAAACAAGUAGAAACUCGAGGGUUUUAUUUGUAAAUAUCUAGCUGCUUUUUGCUCCAACAGACGUGUAGGUAGGUAGCCGAUGUGGAAACGUUAGUUUUCGGCCUGGUGAUGUGCUGGCUUUGCUUUUUGUCGGAGCUUUGCUAUCCUUUUGUUAAGAACAGACUUGAAGUUGAAAGGCUUCGCCGUUUGUGUUAACGGUUACCACGAACUCUUCACAAAACGAUGAGGAAACUUCCAGAUCAGUCAUGUUAUGGAUUCACUUUGGACGGUAGCAGUCCACCAGAAGAUGUAGUGAGUUGCAGCAUUUAGUAUCAACAGAGAGGGAUGACGAAUCUGUAAAUAGGUUUGAGUUCAGAGAGAAAAUGUAAUAUUUCACAGAUUUGUGUUUGCGAUAGACGUUAUUGCUUCAGAAAUCAAUAAUGAGGAGGCAGCACUGCUAAAGAAGAUGCCUUCAGUAACAGUUGGCAACAAUGCUGCCCAGUCUGCUGUUCUGGACCUGGGAGGUGGAAAUAACUCGGAGGCUAUGAAGCAAAUUCUGACCAUUGUUGACAAGAAGGUCCGCAACAUGGAAAAGAAAAAGUCCAAACUGGAUGACUAUCAGGCAAAAAAGAACAAGGGAGAAAGACUGAAUCAGGAUCAGCUCGAGGCCUUGUCGAAGUAUCAAGAGAUCUCCAACAACCUUGACUUUGCUCGAGAACUGCAGAAGAGCUUCUUGAGUUUGGGUCAAGAGGUCCAAAAAGCUGUAAAGAAAUCUGCGCGUCGUGAGCAGUUGCAGCGGGAUGAGUUGGAGCAGCGGCGGUUGAAAACGGUGUUGGAAAUCCAGUAUUUGUUGGACCAGUUGGGGGACGAUGCUGUGAGACAGGAUCUCAAAAAACCAGACACCUCUGGAUCUGCUCUGCUCACUGACGCAGACCUCACUUCACUCGAUGAGUUUUACAAAUUGGUUGGACCCGAAAGAAACUAUGAUGUCAGGUUGACAGAGCAGUAUGAAGAGGCUAUGCUACAUCUGUGGGAUUUGCUUGAGGGCAAAGAUAAGGCUGUGGCCGGAACUACAUAUAAAUCGUUGAAGGACAUUCUGGACAAAGUGUUGUCGAGUGGCUACUUUGAUAGAGCCCAAACUCAUCAGAAUGGGGCGUGUGGUGAGGAAGAGACACCAGAGGAGCAGACUGAAGUGGCUGACUCUGCAGCGGUGGGGGAGCAGCCUUUGCAACCUGAAGGAGUAACAAGCGAAAGCUACGCAGAACCAGUUCAAGUGGAAACCACAGAGUUUGUUAAUAGACAGUUCAUUCCAGAAACUACAUACACCAGCACAGAGAAAGACCAAGUGGGGGAGUGGACCGUGGAGGCUCAGAUGGUGAACUCCCUCCAGCAUCAGCCCCCCGCACAGCUGGCUGCGGAGCCAACAGCUGCUGUGAACCAAGGCCCGCCCUCUCCUGCAUCUGACCAAGUGGUCAGAAAGCAGGCGGUGCAAGACCUCAUGGCCCAGAUGCAAGGGACAUAUAAUUUCAUGCAAGACUCCAUGUUGGAAUUUGACGGCCAGGCUUUGGACCCGGCCAUUGUGUCGGCUCAGCCGAUGAAGCUCGUGCAGACAGUUGAUCUGCAGCAGUUGAGCGGCCCUUUGAUCCGUUCAGAGUCGAGACUUUCUCAAACAAGUACCGUGUCUGGACCACGGGAGUCCUCACCGGCCUCUUUGUCUCUUCCAUCUGAACCGUCUCCUGCCUCAUGUUCCCUGUCUCCUGCCUUCCCACCUGUCUCCAAACCCACCCUCACCGGAGGCACCAAUGUCAAUGCAGCACCUUUUCAAUCAGUGCAAGCGGUCUUUAAUAUGAAUGCACCAGUCCCUCCAGCCUCUGAAGGAGUGGAAGACCCUCUGAAGCAGUCCAGCCAGUUUGCUGGUGGCUAUCGAGCGGGCUUUCACAGCCAGACGGAGAACGCUUCAGAGCAGCCGGAUUUACCAAAGGAAAGGCUACAGUCAGUUGUCGGUGGAUUCUCACCCCAGGACCAAGUCAUAUCCUCACAGGGAGGCCAUGAAGACUCCUCUGCAGGUGGAGGCUUUGGCCAGUCUAGCCAGUCUUUUUACAACAGCAGAGCUGCACCCAGAGGUGGACCCAGGAAUGCCCGAGGCAUGAUGAAUGGAUUUCGGGGCUCCUCAAAUGCUUUUAAAGGGGGAUUUGAAGGCUAUCGUCCUCCUUUCUCAAACACUCCUCCCAGCAGCAGUUAUGGCCCAGCCCAGUUUAACACAAAUCGGGACUAUUCCAGUAGCAGCUACCAGCGGGAGGGAUAUCAACAAGGCUACAAACGGGGAGUGACCCAAGGACCUCGGGGGGUGUCUCGAGGCAAUACCCAAGCGAUGCGCUCCUAAAGAUUUCCACAGAGACCGCCAAGUUGCGCCACGUUAAGCAUUCAGGAUUUUUCGAAUGUGUUUGCCCCUCCUACCUUUUUUUCUGUUUUGUUUUUUAAACCAAACUGUUUAUUUCCAGUCGACAAACUUUCUUGUUCCCCCUCCACAGUUGGCCUAUCAGUCAGCCUGCUUCUGUCUGUCUAGCUCCUCUACAUGUUCUAACACAAAAGUGCUGAAGUUCCCCCACAUGUAAGAUUCUCAGCAAGUACGUGUGAUGUAAAACUACAAGUAGAUAUUCCUGUAAACUUGAAAGAUGUCAUUAAUUUAUUUUUUUGUACAAAAUAAAUGCAAAAAAAUACCCUGCCACUGUUAAUCUGAUCCCAUGAGAAUGGUUUGCUCCCAGCCUGUGCUAUCAGACACUUGGGGUUUUUCAUUUCCACAAAGGCAUUUUAGGUUUUUUUGACUCAUUUAUCUGUUUUGUCAUCACCUAUUUGUACAUUGUCAUUGGUUGAGACUGUUUCAAUAAAGUUGUAUCCUAAAAUUCUGUGUAAA